AUGGCUGCGGCAAGCAACGUGACUGAAAUCCUUUUCCUGGGAUUUUCGCAGAACCAGAAUGUGCAGAAGGUCAUUUCUGUGAUAUUUCUCCUCUUGUACACAGCGAUUGUGUUGGGCAAUGGCCUCAUUGUAGUCACUGUCACAGCCAGCAAAGGACUCACCUGCCCCAUGUAUUUCUUCCUGAGCUACCUGUCCUUGGUAGAGAUGUGUUACUGUUCUGUCACAGCCCCCAAGCUCAUCUUCGAUUCUUUCCUGAGGAAGAGAGUCAUUUCUCUUCGGGGCUGCAUCACACAGAUAUUCUUCCUCCAUUUCUUUGGUGGCACGGAGAUCUUUCUGCUGACCGUGAUGGCCUAUGACCGCUACGUGGCCAUCUGCAAGCCUCUGCACUAUGUCACCCUCAUGAACCGCAGGGUGUGCGGCCUCCUGGUGGGAGCAGCCUGGGCUGGGGGCUUGCUGCAUUCCGUUGGGCAGACCUUUCUCAUUUUCCAGCUGCCCUUCUGUGGGCCCAAUGUGAUUGAUCACUACUUCUGCGAUGUCCACCCGGUGCUGAAGCUGGCUUGCUCAGACACCUUCCUCAUCAGCCUGCUCAUCAUCCUCAACGGCGGCUCCAUCUCGGUGGUCAGCUUUGCAGGGCUGCUGGCUUCCUACGCGGUCAUCUUGAGCUCCCUGCGGAGCCGCACGGCCCAAGGGCGGCGCAAGGCCCUGUCCACCUGCGCCUCUCACCUGGCCGUGGUCGGCCUGUUCUUCAUACCCUGCUCCUUCGUGUACAUGAGGCCCUGUGUCACCCUCCCUGCUGACAAGAUCGUGGCUGUCUCUUACACGGUGAUCACGCCUCUCUUAAACCCGGUCAUUUACUCCUUCAGGAAUGCUGAGAUGAAGAACGCCAUGCGCCGACUCGUGAGCAGGACGGUGAUUUGGGAAGAGAAAUAG